GCGUGUGCUGAGAACCAUUUAGACCUAGGAUUUUAUAUAUUGUUAAAACAUAUUAUUUUAAUGGAGCUUUCUGUUUGGUCGCUUAUUUUGAUAUUUACUUUGAGCAUGUGUCUGCAGAGUGGACGAGUAUUUUCCCAGGAUGAUCCGACAUGCCUAGCGAUUCUUGAAGGCUUUGACAUCACGAAACACUGCUCGCAGACGAAAUCGUUAAACGGGUCUAUGGUUAUUUCCGUUUCAAGCCAUCAGCACAAGAUCAUACCGAAAUGCCAGAACUGCUCCGUUACCAUAGUAACCGCAGACGACUGUCUUUUGGUCGCCACUCUCUUCAAACUCGGGACGGAGAUUUCAAAUUUGUCGUCCGCUGCAUGCUAUCUCAACAGACUGGAUAUAUUUGACGGGAAUUCGUCGGACAUUUCGAAGAUGUUAUCAGACAAAGGGGGCAUCUGCGGCUGCAAACUUCCCGCCAAAACUGUUUUCACGUCGUCCGGUAACGCCAUCACGGUUCGUCUGCAGACGACACGCGACCGGACUACACACGGAGAGUUGGAACUGGUCUUGACGUCUGUGAAAAAUGAAUUUUUCCACCGUGCGGACUGCUCGGGCCAGUUCAAGUGCAAAACGAGCGGCGAAUGCGUGGACAAAAAUCUCAUCUGCGACGGAAAAGCCGUAUGCCAAGACAAAUCAGACGAGAGCAACUGCAAGAUGCACAACCUCACAUGCUUCGACAUGUUGACGUGCAUGAAUGGACAAUGCAUCAACAAAAAUGGCGUCUGCGAUGACCGUGAUCAGUGUUACGACGGGUCCGACGAAAUCGAUUGCCAUGGUAUCACGACGAACCUAAUGCUAAUUUUGCUCGGGCUUGCCGGACUUGCUUGCGUCAUUAUGCUCUGGAUUAUGAUUGUUGUCUGCUGCAGAUUUUACUCUGCGCGCAAUUCCGCAUACAAGCAAUUUACAUGACGGAAGUCACUAUGUUUAUCAGAACUAUCCUGAUUUAAUAAAUCGAUGGCCAUUU